AAUUUCUGGGAUUAAAUUAUUUUAAUGUUGCCUAGUGGUUAUUUCUGUUUGAUAUUAUUACGUGAUUAAACUCAAGAUGGGCUUUUUAGUACUGAUUUGUGCUUUCGUCUUGUUCAUCCGAGCGGAGUCGUAUGUACUCCUCACGGCCAAUGUAGACGAUAUCCACGCGAUCGCCAACCAGCUCUCCAAGUCUCCAGUCGUCAAGCAGCUCAAGGACAUCUGGCGUCGCGCCAGCAAAACCUUCAACAGCCAUUACUCGCGAUUCCGCGCUGAAGAUUCAGGUGAGGAUGGAGGCAGCAGGGAGAGCGAAAAUCCCGUCAUGAGGAGCCAGCGCCGCAAAACCAUCAACCACUUGGUGGAGCUCGGACGCAACGCAUCUAUCUAUCUCAAGGAAAUGUUCGACAGUCUUUGAAUCUGAAUAAACUUUAAGAUGUG